ACAGUCGGUUCAGUUGUGCAGGAUAGUUGUGGUCCAAUAAAUCUCAAAUUAAAGUGAUUUCAGUGCACCAAAAAUGGAUGAUUUCAACAACAAUAACAAUAACUCCUCAUCGCGGUCAUCGUCGGAACGUCCGACAUCGCGUCGUGGCGGCGGUGGCAUGAACACCGGUGGCGCCGGAGGAAUUUUCUCAAACUCCUUCAACGAUUCGUCCUCGCCAAGUCCGAUCGGGAUCCUGAGACCGGGAACGGCCAUGAAAGCACCAUCGGCCGUCCGGGGAGGUACCGCGAGCCGAUUGACCGCGACCAAUGUGUUGUCGGCCAAUUCGUCCGCCUCGACUCAGAGAAUCGGAACGGCACUGGGGAACGCCGGAAAUCGUAUGACUGACCGCCCAAUAACCCAACACGGAAUAAGUGGCCUGUCCACUUCCUACGGUCGAAUCGGAACGGCCACCGGAAACCGCCAGGUCAAAGACAAACGCUACUGGCAAGCGGUCCUGCAAAGCAAAAUCCAGGAAAUAUCUCAAGAAACUGAAAAGCUCAUGAAGGAGAAGAAAUUCCUGGACCGUGAGAAAUCCGCUCGCAAACUGUACGAGAAGCGUGUCAAAGAUUCCGCCAAGGAACUGACCAAGCUACAAUCGACGCUAACAUCGAUGAACAUCGCCCUCGAUAACUGCAGCUCCGGAAUGACUCGACAGCAGUUACAGAACGAAACCCUCGCCCUUCGUGAGCGCAACGAACACAUUCAGGAACAGCUGGAAAUCGUAUUCAAGCAGCGGCAAAUCAAGGACACAGAAAACCGAGAACUGGAAGCAGAGGCAGAGAAAGAAAAGAACAAAAUCAACGAAAUGAUAUUCUCGCUUCCGGACGCUGACCAACAAAAAUACCGCGAAUAUCAAGCCCUGUCGGAGAGCCUCCGACAGCAAAACACAAUCUACCACAACCAGAUCAGUGAGCUUGAGAAGCAAAAGGAUCGACUCAACACGAUCAUCAUGAACUCACAGACGCGCACAGAAGCGCAUCGUCUAAAAUCAAAGCUCAAGGAACUGGUAGCGAAGCGUAAUCAAAUGCGCGACGAGGAGAACAAUCGCUUGUCGCCGGCACAGGAGCGCGAGAAACUGAUCAAUGAGGUUCGUUCGAACAACCAGGCGCUAUCGAGCAUCGGGAAACAGUUGAAGAUCAUCGAGGAUCAACUGAACGAAAAGAAAGAAAUGCUGCAACAGAUUGAUCAGGAUUUGGAGGAAGGCAACUCCGAGCGACACAUCAAGUACAAGGAGCUGAAGAAGCGGGAUGAAGUUAUGUCCGCUUUCAUGGAUUCGUUCCAGCAAAGUCUAGCCGUUGAAAAGCAAAAUGUUGAAUCUCUCAAAAAUCAGAUUACAUACGCCAUCGAACAAAUCACUAUGCAAGGAAUCAACACAAAAUCGCUGGGAUCAGAUAAAUUGGAGAGCUCCGGUUUCACCGCUAAAAAUGAUCUCAACUCGCACUCCGGAUUGAUCAAGGAGUACAAGAAGCUGAGCAUUCAGCUGAAGCAGCUGCAGAUUCUUGAGAAACGUACCAUCAACCAGCUGAGUGGUCUACGUCAGGAAGAAACGGAAGCUCUGAGCAACAUACAGAAGUAUAGCAACCUGGAGGUCCCGCGAUCGGAGGCAACCGUUAAGAUGAGCGAGCUGUCCGGGGUGCUGCAAGAGUUGGAAGACAAGAAACGGGUCACGGAGAAUGUGGUGGACGAGGCACGUAAGCGUAACCAGGAGAUCAAGAUCAACCUGAAGAGUAACGAAACGUACAGGCAGAUUUCACACCUGGAGGAUAAGCUCGUCGAUUUGAUCAAGGAGAACAAAUCGCUGCAGGGCGUUGUUGAGCAGUUGCAGAAGGAAUGUGACUACUCGGCUGUAAAAGAUGAGGCAGAGCAACUGUUGGAUGACCAUAACAACUUGUUAUGCACAGAAUCCAACAACAACGUUGUUGGAAAUCGUUUAGCUUAGGAAAUAAUCCUAUAAUUGGUCAGCUCUAAGUUGGAGGGGACCAAGUAACAAAAUCGAUGAAUAUUAGAUUUUUAAGGCAUUUGAUCAAGAAUUACAUUAUCUACAUGGCACAUCAACCAGAUCUGUUUUAUUUUACAAUUAAAUUGAGAUAUAGUAGUAAACUCUGGAGAAAUUCAUGAUCUCAAGAACUCUUUUAGUAGUUAGGAUUUCCUUCAGAGAUUUGUUUAGAGAUAUCUUUGAAAAUCUAUUCAGAAUUCGAUCCAAAAUUCCUCUUAGGAAUUCUCCCGAAGUUCUAUCCAUGAAUCUUCCUUGAAUUCCUAACGGGACUUCUCCUAAAGUUUCAACCGCAAUUCCUUCUUCAAA